CCUCCGCCUCCAGCAAUGGUUUCCUCCGCACUCUCCCGUCUCCUCCCCCCGGGCAGCGCGCGAGGCGUUGGGCCGGCCGAGGGGCGCCUGCGCAGUGCGGGAGGUGCAGGCGGCAGCAUGAGCGGGGAGCCGGGCGCGCGGCGGCGCCUGCUGGAGGAGCGGGUCCGGGCCUUCCCGGACUUCCCCGCCCCCGGGGUGCUCUUCCGUGAUAUCAGCCCUUUGCUAAAGGAUCCUAUAGCCUUCAGGACUGUGAUUGAUAUUUUGGAAGCUCAUUUGAAGACACACUAUCCACAGAUCGACUUCAUUGCGGGUCUGGAUUCUCGUGGUUUCCUCUUUGGCCCAGUUCUGGCACAGAGACUAGGAAUUGGCUGUGUGUUAAUACGAAAAAAGGGGAAGCUUCCGGGUCCCACAGAAUCUGUCUCAUACGCUCUUGAAUAUGGCCAGGCUGAACUUGAAAUCCAGAGCGAUGCCUUGGAACCAGGAGAGAAAGUGGUCCUCGUUGAUGACCUGCUUGCGACUGGAGGUACCAUGUGUGCAGCCUGUGAGCUGAUGAAGAAGCUGAAGGCUGAAGUCCUAGAGUGUGUGGUGGUCAUAGAGUUAAAAUCUCUGAAAGGGGCAGAAAAACUGAAACCCUUCCCUGUCUACUCUCUGCUGCAAUAUGACUAAUGAGCUUCAGAUCAAAGAAGGUUGCUAUGGUCUGAUUGCAGCUGCCUUCUUGCUGAAGAUCUGCUGCUGUUUCUUAUCUUGAUCAAUUGUUUGAAGGCAACAAGCACAAUUAACUAUUUUGGGGUGAGAGGAAUGGGAGGUCUGAAUAAUACAUUCCUAUGUGUUUUAUUCCAUUAUUUCCUUGAGAGAUGAUAAUACUAACCUUUACUUCAGUGUAGGGAUUGAACAGGUGCUAUAUCAUAACUACUACUGUUUAUUUUCCAAGCCAAAGAUUAAAACUUCCUUUUAGAGAGAUCAGUGUGUAAAGGGUGCUGCUAAGCGCAGUAGCGAACUAGAUGGAGAACUGAAGUGAUGCCUUUUGUGGGACCCAUGUACUGGCUUUUGAUUUCAGCCAAAAAUAGCCAGUACCAUGCUGAGACUUUGUAAUAGGCUCCUUAGAAAUACCAGAGAUGGAAAUGAAUUAUUAUAAAACAGGACAACGUUGUAUGUGGCUUCAGAAGAUUGGCUGCAAUGUUCUCUCCUUUCCUUUGGGACACCGUGUGCGUUUGUGUUCCUUCCUGGCAGCGGAAUGGGCUAUUCAUGUGGGAAAGGCAGGGACUGCAGAUGGCAAUGCAGAGUUAGUACAGAUGAAUCAUUAGACCCACCCCUCCUCUGUUCCCUAAAGAAAGGAUGAAGCGUCUCCCCAUUACAGCAAGGGCAGUUAGGCCUCUCUUGUUCCAGCUCAAUUCUCCUAAAAUUGCUGUGCCGUUUAUGCCCCCUUAUUCUGGGGGAACUGACAGAGCUGAAAGUAGUUUUGAGAGGGGGAAAAAGUUGUCCGUUGAUCCAAAAUACCAUUUAGAAGCCUUUGUAUCAUUCCAGUCUUGUGUUAGGUUUUGCUGUGUACUGCUACAGCUGUGGGUUUGGUGAGAAAUGAGGAAGGGCUUUGAGAUUUACUUGUGGUCGGGUGGAAGGAAUCCAUUUCUCUAGAUCAGUGAAAACUAACAUGGUAUUGGACGUCUGUAUGAUGGCCUUUUUACUGCAUCCACAUGCUUGGGUUACAGCUGUUCUGUCAACUUUGUGAACUGUACACAUUGGAAUUCUUCAGUUUGCAAUGCUAAUGGCGCUGUGGUGACUUGUUCAGUAUGAGAAAUGGGUGAAAGUCCCCAGCAUGUCAUGCUCAUCCAUGCAAAACAUGCAACUUUUUACAUGCUCCCUUAUAUAUACAGUAAAGUUCCCUGAACUCUGCCUUUAUCUUCAAGUUCCAGUAAAUUGAAAGGUUACUCAGAGCUUGGGUUGAUACUGUUAUCUCCCCUCCCUCCAACCCCUUCCAGUCAACUUCCUUGUUCCAAAAUACCCUCCAGUAUUGGCACUGCCUAAAAAUGGAAGGGAAAGUGGAACUAUGCUCACUUUGUGUGCUUCAGCAUAAGCGCUAAUAUUAACAGCAUUCUAGUUACUGUGUGGACAAAGUUUGAUAGGCAGACUUUUAGAAAAAAGACUCCUACUUACAGUGUGUGAUCUAGCUGUAACAUCCAACUCUGUCACAGAUGCUUACAAAUCAGAGCCAGGGUACCCAAAUCUCCUUAUGGAUGAGAAGGGAUGCUUUGAAUUGUAACUAAUAUUUGUAAUGGCUGUCUUCAAUUGAAUCUGUAGCUGAUUACUAAAUAAAUAGACCUUUUAAUUCUCAAAACUA